AUGCCACUUAGGCCUAAGCUGUGCCUUCAAGCUGACAAAGAACCUCUUCAGCUUACAGGCAUGUUUCGAGGAGGCUUCGCAACCUUACUGAGAGAAUCUGUGGGUAAUGCUGCCUUCUUUAGUACUUACGAAUAUGUGCGAUAUUGCAUGCAUCUACAAUUAAAAGGUGCAUCAUCUGGAUCUGAGUCGAGCCAAUUGAUUGAUGUUGGAGUUGGGAUAAUGAGUGGUGGUCUUGGUGGUAUAGCAUUCUGGUCUGCUUUUCUUCCAUUGAAUGUAGCAAAGACGAUAAUUCAAACUACCCCCGAGAAAAACCAUCCAAGAAUCUUAACUUAUCAGAAAGAAAAAGAACAGUUAUAUCUCACUUAUAAAAAGAAGGAAUACAGAACAGACCAGUCUUACACAAUUUCAGUUGUGAAAGAUGGCCUUACUAAUAUACUAGCAUUUAGGGACUUUCGUCUGCAAGGAAAAGAUAUGAUAUGUGGAGCUUGA